AUGGCGGUCGACGGCGACGGACAAGUCUUCGUCUCGGUGCUUGAGAGGCGGUCGGUCAUGGCGGUCGACGAGAGGGGUGAAGAGGAACCCAAUCUCACCUGGACCUCCCGUCGCUGCAGCAUCAGUGCGUUUCGCAUCGUCGGAGGACUGUCGGUGGCAGCACUGGUGGUGGUAGCCUGGCAAAGAUUUAGCUCUGGACAUCGCUUCGAAAACUUCGAGGGCUUCGAGGGUCGUGUCGACGGUUCGCCUUCGAUGCCGUUGAUGCAAAAAUGGCUGCCGAUCCACCAGUCUGAAGUGCUUCCCUACGACCAAUGGGUGAAAGCCUGGCAUGUGAAAGUAGGUCGCUUGACAGAUGUGGUGUAUCACACCUAUUCGAAUCAUCCCGAGUUCGUCAAGGACGGCUGA